AUGCCAGUAACAAAGAUCGCACCGUCGGUGCUCGCGUCGGAUUUGGGCAACCUCAACUGCGAGUGUCAGCGCAUGAUGGAUUCAGGAGCUGACUGGUUGCAUAUGGACAUCAUGGAUGGUCACUUUGUGCCCAACAUUGUCAUGGGUGCGCCUGUGAUUGCGUCGGUAUAUAAGGCGGUGCCGAACAUCUUUAUGGACUGUCACAUGAUGGUGGCGGAUCCGGGACGGUGGGUGAAGGACAUUUCCGAGGCGGGUGGCAAGUCGUAUACGUUCCAUCUGGAAGCGACGGACGAUCCCAUGGAUGUGGUGCGUCAAAUUCGGGCAACCAAGAUGCGGGCAGCCGUAGCAAUCAACCCGGGCACGCCCGCAUCUGAGAUCUCCGAUGAACUCGGCAAUGCCGUCGACAUGAUCCUCGUUAUGACCGUCUGGCCCGGAGCGGGCGGGCAGAAGUUCAUGAAGGAAUGCAUGCCCAAGGUCGCCGAGCUCCGUGCGCGUUUCCCGGACCUUGACGUCGAAGUCGACGGCGGCGUCGGCCCCAAAACCAUCGACAGAUGCGCAGACGCAGGCGCAAACAUCAUCGUCGCCGGCACAGCGAUAUUCAACCACCCCUCCCCCAAGGAUGUCAUCAACUUCCUCCGUACCCGAUGUGACGAAGCCCAGGAACGCAUCAAAAAGGAGCGCGAACGCAUCGCCCGCGGCGAACCCGUCGAACACGAAAUCAAGCACUACGAGGACGGCCGCAAGUCCGGCUGGCACAGCGGAGCAAUUACACCGCUCUCGUAUCCGAGGGUCUACAUGUCUGCUAGCAAGAGGGAGAAGUUGAGAAGGGAGUCCCAGGGCGCAUUGGAGCGCGGAGAGAGACCCUCGUUAGCCUCCCUGCAGGGCUUGCAGGGCAUGUCUGGUUUGAGUAUCACCCCGGCUGUCGAGGGCAAGUGA